AUGACUUUCAAAAAAAAAAUAUAUCCGAAAACAUCAAUGAUCACUAUUUAAUUGCCAUUUUUGGAUUUUAAACUUUCAACUAAGCAUUUAUUUUUAAUAUUGUAAUUAGUUUCAAUUUGGCAAACAAAAGGUUAUGAUUUUUAUGAUGUAAUUGAAAGUAAAGUGUAAAAGUAGGAACAUAAGCAAUAGCAAUAAUAUAUAAAUGAAGAUUGUUAAGAAUAAUUGAAGGACUAUAUGAUAAGUUAAUUGUAAGUUGAUAUGGAAGGUCUACAAUUGUCAGUUACUGUAAAUACAUAAGAGUUUUUAGAAAAAUUGGACAAGACUAGUUGCCAUGAAAAUCGGCUUUUUCUGUUUUACUUUUUAAAUUUAAGUUAUUUAAAGGAAGUUAAAUUCUAUGACAGCAUUCAGCACUUAGCCAUAUAGGAGUUAGCUUUAUAAAAUAUUAACUGCCAUUCUUAUAAUUUAUAAAACCCAUUGAAGGUUUUAGCUAAAUAAUUACUUAAAUAUUCGGAUAGUGAAAAAGAAUAAAAGAUUUCAAGUUUUGGAGAAGACUUAGAAAGGGUAAUGAAUUAAUAGUCUGAAAUAGAAUAAGUUGCAAACUCAAAACUAAAUGAAAAUAAAUCAAACAUAAAGAACUCUAACAAUGAGGGAUAGUCUCCAUAACAACAAAAUGAUAACGAUGAUUAGGUGUAAAUAGUAGAUGAAAUUCCUCCGGAUGUGCUGUAAGAAGAAGAGGCUCCUUAAACAAUUUUCUCUUAAAAAAAGGGACAAUUUUAAGUUCCUUCUCCAAAGCAUUCGUUUUUAGAUAAUAAUUAUCAAGAAGUUUUCGAAGGUGAACUGUACAUUAAAGAGUAUUUUACAGAUAAAAAUUGCUAAAAAUGUAAAGAAAAACAUAGAUUAUUACUAACCUUUAUGAAGGUUCAGGAUGAUUUAGGUCCAGAUGUAUACUUUUUAUAGACAAGUGAUUCAUAACGAUCAAGAGUUGUCAUAAAUUUAAAAUAAUUAAACCUUAUUUUGGAUCCAGAUAUCAUAAAGAAAAUGAGAUUAAUAUUUGAUAUUGGAAAUUUGGCAGCAGAAGUGAAAAAGUAAUAAUUUACAAAAUGGAUGAGAGAAAAUGGAUUUUGGCCUGAUUUCAAUGAAGUUGAUAAAAAAUAAUAGUCAGAGACUCAAACUUGGAGUACAAUAACAAGUGAUUUAUUUUAGGAGACAAAUAGAAUUGAAUUGUAGAUUAAUUAAAUAGUGCUGAUGCUAAACUAUGAAGAUUAAGUAGUGUAUUUAAUGAAUAUGAAAUUUAUUGAUACUUAAAUAUCAAGUAGUUAGUUAUUUAAAAAUAUAAAUAUCAAGAUGCAACAAGUAAGACUAUUUGAUACAGCUGUUAUUGGUGGAAUCCAUAGAACAAUGUUAGAAGAUUAUGAUGAACAGAAUGAAAAUCAGAUUUAAUGCUAAAUUUAAAUUUGUAAUAAUCCAGACUUAAUAAGAAUAAGAAAAUACGCUACAUAUUGUGGAGUUAGAAUUUAAAGAGCUAAGAUUGUAUUCUUGAAGAGGAACACAAAUGAAAUCUAAUAUUAUUUGAGGAAGGUGCUCAUUACAUCAUUUUCAAGUACUCUCACAAAUGAAGACAGAAAUGAAUUGUUGAAAGAUACAGAGACUUAAAAUCUAAGCUUUACUACAUAACCUUAAGAAGUAUAAGUUGACUCUGAAUUCGGGUUUCGAUUUUCUUUAGUUGCCUUAGAUUCGUUAGGGAUUGGAUAUAGAAGUUCUUUAUCAAAUGAAGCUUUAUACAUUUAAUUCAAAAAGGUUGGGUAUUGGUUUAGUGGAAUCUGGGGUUAAUAGUAUGAUAACUUGAUUAAAACAGGUUUAUUUGAUGAUGAAAUAGAAGAAUAAUAAAAUAUUAGCGAAAAUUUUGUAGAGGCUAAAUAUUUUGAGGAACCAGGAAUGGCAGAAGAAACAGUUUUUGAAGAAAUAAAUCAUGAAUAGUUGCAGGAUGAGGAAAAUGUAGAUUAAAGAGUUCGAUAAAUAGUAUAUGUAUGGGGUUUAGAAAUUCGAUGUUCUCCAGGAACAGAUGUUAAUGAUCUAUUUGUUAAGGCUCCAGAGGAUAAAGUUUCUUUGGAAUUAUUUAUAGACUUUUGUGAUGAGACUCCAGAUAAACUAUUUUGCCUUUAAGAUGUGAAACCUAUGAGAAUUACAAUCGACAUUUAAAAGCUUAAUAUAUAUGCUUACGAUUUGGAUUAUUGUACCAUUUGCAAAUUCUUUAUGGAUAAUUUGGGAGAGUAACCAUAAACAAUAGUAGGAAACUAUGAUUACAAGGAAACUAAUGAAAAUAUCUGGAUGGUUUUGGACAUUAACAUCAAUAAGGCGAUUGCAAAAUUUUUUAAAGGCACCAGAGAAGAUUGUAGGAGAUAUUAUUAAUAAAAAGGAAUAUUAUAAGAUUAAUUAGACAAGAAUUUGUUGUACAAAAAUCCUGCCUCAAUUGCUAUAGCCAAAUUAUAAACCUUAAAUUACUAAUUUAUGAUGAGAGAAAAUGGAGGUAAAUUUAUGAGAUUAAGUGUUCAAUAAUUGACACUUUCGGAUUUUAGGAAAUCAUCAACAAUGAAGCAUUCAAAGGAAAUUUUGUUUUCACUUAUAGGGGAUUAAUUUAAAGGAGAUGAAGAUUAAUCCAUGUCUGAUACUAAAUAAGAAGAGUUUAACAAAAUUCAACUCAAUCCUGUAGAUGAACUUGAUGUAGAAUAAGUAGAGUUAGAAUUAAAUGAAAAAGAGAAAGAGAAAAAUAAAUAAGUUAUAAUAGAAUAGCAACAACUUACUUCUGCAUUAGAUAUAAAGGACACUUAAAAUGAGUAAGAACCUUAAUCUCAAGUUACGCAAUAAUCAUAAAAUAAAAAAAGGGAAAAAAAAAGCAAUUGGUAAAAAUUUGUGACGUUCGUUAAAAAAACAUUAUGUUGUAAAAAAAGAGAUAGGAGUAAAAAUAGUUCAAAGGGCAAAAAUAAAAAUUCAUAAGAAAAUUUGUAGAACGAGAAAGAAUAGUAGCAAUUAAUAUAGGCUAAACUAGAUUAGUUACUUGAAUACGGACCAGAACCAAUGAAUUAAAGAAGGUGGCUAAAUUUCAGGGAGAGAUAAGUCUUACCAAUUACUCUUGAAAAUAACAAUCACACGGAUGAUAAGGAUGAUUAUGAUUAUUAUUUUGGAGAUGACAAUCAUGAUGUUACCAAUUAAUAGUAUCAAAAAAGACCAUUUUAAUAACAAAAAGAAGAUUAAUAGAAAUAAGAUCUAUAUUUUAUCAUGAAGACUAGGCCAGAUGGAGAAAAAUUAAUCAAAAUCAAACUUGAAAACAAAAACAUUAUUUUAUUGAUUGACUUUCUUGUUGAAGUUGUUCAAUUUUUCAGAUAACCAUACAAUGGAAGUGAUAAGUAGCCUUAUCAAAGAAAUCCUCAUUUUAACAAUUUUCCACCAAUGGUAAUAGAGAUUAAUGUCGUAAAUGUUUGGGCAAUUAUUUUAGGGGAUUUAGAGAAGGAGAAUUUUGAAAAAUCAAAAUCUAUAGGUAUUCUUUUGGAUUGCAAUUAUUCAUAAACCUGGUUAGGUGACAGUUGGUUUGGACCAGGAAGCUGUGAAAAAAAUAUUGAAGCUACUUUAAAAAAAUUAUACAUAUUUCAAACAAAUCAUAUCAUUAAUUUAAAGUAGGAUGAAUAGUCCAAGAAAUCAACAGAAAAACUAAUAUUACCACCUCAGCCUCCAUUAAGAACCCUAUUAGAACCUUUCAAGGUUUGUAUCACAAUGAAGUACUCAGUUGAUUUCUAUAGAAAUGCUUUAUUAAAUUAAGAAAUUUUCACAGAGCAAGGAAUUUAGGUGAAAGAGUAUUAUACAGAUUAUAAAUCGUAACACAAAGGUUAUCAAUCGAAAAAUGAGUGGGAGAUAAGUUUAAUAAAUUCUGCAAGACUGAAAAAUAAUUUUAGUCUUUCAAUUAGAGAUAUUGCUGAAUUAUAAUAAAUCGUUAAUAUCUUUUCUGCCAGAAAAUCUCCUGAAGAUAAAUACGCUUUUAAAAGAAAGCCUUAACCUCCAGAUCCAUUUAUUGAUGAUUGUAUAAAUACAAAAAAGAUCAAUAUAGAGACACUCAAGAUUUAAAUAUUGAAAAACAAAGAUGGAGUUAAAGCUGCGUAGUUUGAAUUGAAAAGCUUGAGGAUGUCAGAUUUCAAAGACAAUAAAAAGACGUAAUUAAAUCUACUGGCUUGUAUAUCAUUAGAUUACUUUAAUAAGAGAAAAAUGGAUUUCGAGCCUUUCCUUGAACCUUGGAAAUUCACUAUUACAACCUUAUCUUAAAUUGAAAAACCUCCUGAAAAUAAGGCUAUUGAUAGGGAUUCUAAUAAAAUUACUAUAGCAAAUCAUAUUGAGAAGGAACUUAAAGGUGAAGAAGUUCCAUAUUAUCUAAAAGAUCAUACAAAUUCAUUAAAUAUAAAUAUCACUCCUGCUUUAGUCGAAGUAGCUAUGGAAGCUCUGAAGAUUUACAACAAAAAAAUGGAAGAUGAAGAACCAUAUAAAAUUUUUAAUAGAUGCGGAUAUGCUUUGGAAAUUAGAGAUAUAAAAAAGGAUCAACCUGUGAGAAUUAUAUAAGAGGAUUCAGAAUAUACAUAUAAUACAUAAAAAGAACUUUGGGCAAAGGAUUUUAAGAAGCACAAGUCAGAUUAAUAAUAAAUGUUAUUAAAUUUAGUUGUUUUGAAACCAAAUAAUUUAAAGGAAAAAGAUGAAGAUGAUGAUGAAAUUAAAAUUGUUGAUAGUAUUCAUAGUAAUAACAAUAGAAGAACUACUUUAGAUUUCCCAAGCAAAAGUACUUAAUCAAAAACUUUGAUAACUUAAACAUAAACAUAGAAUCAAUAUUAAAAUAUGAACUAAUCCUCAUACACAAGGAGUAGAAUAUUAUUUAAAUAAUAAAGAAGUGAAAAAAAUAUUAGUAAUUACAAAACAAUUAAGUAUGUUAAUUUUGAUUUUGUGGGCAAGAAAUUUUAUCCAUUGGUGAGAUAGCAUAAGAAUGAAUAACAAGACCUUCAUAGUGGUAAAAAAGGUACUUUUGAUGCGUUUAAAACUAAUAUCGAUAAAAUUACUGGAGUUUUCUUAGCUGACAAUAAGAAAAUCAAUGAAGAAAGGAAUAUCUAUAUUUAAGUCAAUGUAAAUAUUAAUCCUCAGAAUGGAUCAAAAGAAAUUUAAAUUUAAAGUACUGUGAAAAUAUACAAUUAUUUAAGUACUUCCUUAGAAUUAGGUUUCCAAGUGAAUGGUUAAAUGAAAGAAACAACUUCAGUUAAACUAGAGCCAAAAUAAAUUUAUAUUGUUCCUUUAGAAUUCCUGGAAAACAAAACAGAAGUAAGAUUUACACCAGAGAAAAUAUAAAAUCGUUAAUAAGAUGAAUAAUUAGAAAGAAAAUAUUAUUAAUUAGAUACAUUGUUGUGUGAUUAGCAAUCAAUAGGAGAAUUUGAAGUUGAUAAGGAUAAUUCGAUAGUUGAAGUUUUAGAACAAGCAACUCAAAUUGUAACAUCUUAAGGUAGAUCAAAUCCUGUAAUUAAAUCUGAGUUUAAAUAAAUUCAUGAUCCCUUAAAUUAUAAAUAUGAUCACAUAAUAACCUCAAUGAAAAGUAAUAUUAAAAGAAAUAACUUUUAUUUCAUAAUUAAUUGCGUGAAAAUAAAAAAUUAAAUCACCAAUUAAAGGAAAGCAAUGAUUAAUUUCAAUGAAAUUGGUGAUUAAAAACCAAGUGAAGAUGAUAAUGAUGCCUGUUAUGAAACCUAUUUGAUUUGUUAUCCUAUUUUUAAAUUUACAAAUGCAACAGUAAGAGAUAUCAAUAUACAUUAUGGUGUAUUUUCUUCCAACAAAUAAUAAUCCGAAAAAUAACUACCUUAUUUACCUGUAUCACCAGAUUAGCAUUACUAUUGUGAAACACUAGAUUAUCAUGAUGAUAUUGAAGUUUAAUUUUCAAUAAAAAACUAACCAAAAAUUGAUGGUGGAGAUACAUAAAAUGAUGAUCUAUUGAGAACUAAGCCUUUUAAAAUAUUUAAUAGAGGUUUUGGUCUUGGAGAAGAGAACAAAUUUUAAAUUAAAUUUAAGCAAUAAAAAGGCAAUGAUUAAUACCUGACUGUUCUAAUUAAAAAAAGAUCAACUAAGUCAAGGGAAUUAGUAUUAUAUUGUCCAUACUUAAUAUUUAAUGAGACAAAUAAACUAUUGAUGUACAGAGAAUAUGGCUUAACUUAAGAUAUUCUUUCAGAUGAUUGGAUUUAUUAUUAAAAUUUUAGUAAAACUUAUUAAAAGAAUAAGUAAAAAAAAGAAAUAGAGUAACAUUCUUAAUAUCAUAAUUUACAUCAAUUUGCUACAAGCACAAAUAUGAAUAAAAUAUAGGUUGCUAUAGGAUAAUUAAAUGAUUAAUAAUUAUAAGAUAUCUCUAAGUGGAGUAAUCCAGUAAGCUUAUAAAACAGCAAUGUUCUAGAAAUAAUAGGAUCAACUGAAAUUUUAAAAAAAGAUCAUGAGUAAUUACAGCCAAAAGAUCGUAAAAAGAGAACAAGUGCAGAUGCUAAAGGAAAAUUUGAAUUUGGUAUGGCAAUCACAAGUGGCCCUGGAUCGUUUCAUAGAAGCAAAUUAAUCACAAUUACACCAAGAUUUAUAGUUCAUAAUGAAACAUAGUAUAAUAUAGCCAUGGCCUAAGUAGAUACUGAAUAUAGAGAUAAUAAUCUAUUGAGAUUGAAGCCAGGAGAUUGGAAAUAUUUUAGCUGGUCGAAUAUCAAAAAGCCUGCUCUUGCUAUGAUAUCUUUUUAUUAGGAAUCAACUGGUCUUAUAUCAGGUUGGAGUGGGUAUUUUAAACUAUAGGUUUAAGAAAUCUCAUUAAAAAUUCCAAGUAUAAAGCCAAUUAUAAAUAACAAUAAUUCUGAUUACUUGUAACUUUAUGUACUUUAGAAGGUUAAUAUAACAUUAAUGGAUGAUUUAAUCUUAUUAAUAAGAUUCAUAUUAGAAGAUCCAAUUAUUCCUCCUUAUUAUAUAGAAAAUUUAACAAAAUAUGAAAUUACUUACAAGCAACAACCAUCUAGUCAAGCAUAAAAAUAUCGAUUAAAUUAGGCUAAUCCAAUCAUGUAAAAUAACGAAAUCAACAGAGGUAUUCAUCAAGUAAUAGCUUCAAAUCCAGUCGGUUCUCAAGAUUAGGAAUUAAUAUAAUUUUCUGCUGGAGGAAAUGAAGUUACUUAUUUAUAACCUGGAGAAAAAGUAGCUUUUACUUGGGAUCAUUGGAUUGAUGACAAGGAACAUGUGCUAGAAGUUGAAAUAGAGGGCUAAACAGAAAAAUAUGAAAUAGAUAAGAUUCAAAACUUUUAACCAUUAACAUUACCUGGUUAAUCAUAAAAACGAAAAAAAUUAGUAAAUAAGAAAUAUCUUUAUAAAUAAGGAAAUAUAUUUAUAAAAGAUUUGGAUAAGCCAAGAGUAUAUUAUUGUACUCUUAAUGUUUUGAAAUAAAAAUUUAAUGUUUAUUCUUCAGAUAAGAAACAGCAUGAAUCAUAUUAUUUAUAAGGAGCAAAAGUAGAUGAAAGUAAGGAUAAUGAAUUUGUAUUAAAAAUUAACCCAGAGAAAAUGUUAUCCAAAAACUUACAUUUCCAAACUAAGACAGUUGAUGAAGCAAAUUAAUGGGUAGAAUAUUUAUGGAGAGCAAUUUUAAUUGAUAAACCUGAAAUGGUGGAAUUAAAAAUUGAGCCAUCAAAUUAAACUAAAGUAGUUACAUUUUUUUAAAAUAAAUCAAAUGACAGAGCUGAUUCUCAAAAAGAAGGAUCAGAAAUUUAGUAAGAAAAAGAGGAGGACACUUAACGUUAAUAAUUUACUUGUUAUAAGAUUUCAAUAAGUAAUUGUGUAGGUAUAUCUAUUAUUGAUGAAACCCCAAAGGAAAUUUUAUAAAUCUGCUUUAAAAACAUAUAGGCUGAAUAUAUUCUGAUAGAAGAAGUUUAGAAAGACUUUCAAUUAAGAUAAAAUUAUGAUGAUGAUGAUAAUACAAACGUAUUAGCAGAAAAACCAUAAAUAAAAUAAAUAAAAGAGCAUAUAAACUUAUCAAUAGAUUUAAUUAUCAUUAAUAAUUAAAUAAUAAAUUCACAAUUCCCUGUUUUGCUAGCCCCUAAUAAAAAGAAAAUAUUUGGAAAUCAAUAACCAUUUUUUGUAUUGACUACUUAUAGAAAAGAUCAAUCAUAAAUAAAAAAGUCAAAUCCGAGUAUGAACAAUGGAAGUAGAGUAGUUGUUAAGAAUGAACCAAAUGCUUAAGCAAACUAAGUUUAAGCUAAUGAUUAACAAUAAAAUCAAUCCAAAUUUAAGAUUUCUUAUAUUCAUACAUUAUAAAUGUUUACAGAUACUUUAGAAAUUAGACUAGAUCAUUAAAUUUUAGAUUAAAUAAUAUAGUAUUAUAAUUUAAUAGCAGCCAUCAUAUGGGAUAGUAAUUUUAGUGAUGUAUAAUAAUCAAGCAACAGCCAAUUUGGAUUAGGAUCUUUAUAAAAAAAGUAAGAAGAAUAAUUGAAGAAGAUAAAACAACAUAGUAUUAGUAAGAUAUAUCUCAAAAAUUUAAUGCUAGAACCAAUUGACAUAUGCUUUACUUUAAAAUCAUCACCAGGUCACGUUAUGAAUUCAUCAUCUAUAGGAGUCAUAGCAGAUCUGGGAUUAACUCUCGCAUCAAUUGACAGUGCGAAAAUUAGAUUAAAUGCUUUCAAGACUUAACAUAUCUUUGGAUCAAGUAAUGAAAUUAUUGGCAGAAUAUCUAAGCAUUACAAAGGAUAAUUUCUAACUUAAAUUUAUAAAUUGCUAGGAUCAUUUGAAAUAUUUGGGAAUCCUGUUUCUCUAAUUUCUAAUUUAGGCACAGGUGUUAUUGAUAUGUUUUAUGAACCCAUAUACGCUCUUGUCACAGGAAAGAGUGGUUAUAAGGUAGGAGAAAAAUUCUUUACUGGAGCAGUAACUUUAAUCCACACUUCGAUUACAGGUGUGUAUAAAACAGUUAAUACAAUAAUUGGAACAAUAAUGAAAAUUCUUGAUUAAAUGACUUUAGAUAAGAAAUAUAUGUCAGAAAGAAGUAAUAGAUUGAAUAGAGCAAUUAAAAAUUUUAGAGAAGGAUUGAUAAUUGGAUUCACUAAUUUCGGAAAGAUUUUAUUUCAAACAAUAAUUGGAGUUUUAGAAAGACCAAUUACUGGAAUAAAUGAUGGUGGGUUUUUAGGCUUUUUGUUAGGAAUUUACUAAGGAAUCAUGGGAAUUAUAAUCAAACCUACAGUAGGAAUCUAUGAUCUUUUGAUUACAAUAAUUGAAGGAAUAAAAAAUACAGCAAUAUAUGAAGAACAUAUUAUGGAUACUCGAUACAGACCACCAAGAAUUUUUGGAGAUAACAAUCAAUUAAUCCCUUUUAAUUUUAAGCAUGCCAUAGGUACAGAUAUUAUAAGGAGAUACAAAUUAAAAGUUAUUGAUGGUGAAAGUAUUAUCUUUUUUGAUCAACUCAAUAUAUCAGAUGGAGACAAGAAAAAAUAAGAAGCUUAAAUAGUUUUGACUGAUUCAAGAAUAGUUUAUGUUUUGUCUCAUUCAUCUAUACAUUGUGAUAAAAUAAUGAUUUAUAAAAUUAAAUAGAUAAAAUAUGAUGAAAAGAAGAAAUUGCUGAAGUUUAAGCUUCAUACCCCUGUUAGAAAAUCUUGGUUUUAAGCAAACUCAACAAAAUAUGAAUUAAAAUAUGAAAGUAAGAUCAAAGCCAUCAAAUUGUUUGAAUAGAUAUAGAAAUCUUUUAAAGACAAAUAUAAUAUUAAAUUAGGUAGUUUAAAAGAGACUACAAAUGAUAAAAAAUGA